GCAAAGUCCAGGACUGCCCUCCCUUAGAGACAGGAUCUAGAAGAGCCCUGAGUAGAGAUGGCACCAAUCUUCUGGGAUGUGAUUCAGUAUCAUCGACUCCUCCAAAUUAUGCUUAUCCUGGGAAUCGGAGGAACACUGCAGGUUGGCUUCCAAGGAUCUAUGAUCACCUAUGCAUCUGUGCACAUCAAAGAGUUCAUCAAUGAAACUUGGCUGGAGAGGUUUGGACAUUCGGUCCAUCCUGCAACACUCACCUUAUUGUGGCCUUUGAUGGUAUCCAUCUUUGGUUUGGGAGGUCUCCUGGGCGCCAUGAGCAGUGGAUGCCUGGCUGCCAGAUAUGGAAAGAAGAAGUGCUUCUUGGGAAGCAACAUGCUCAUGCUGGCAAGUGCCUUCCUCUUGGUCUUCAGCAAGAUGGCCAGAUCUGUCGAGCUCAUUUUGAUGGGGCGUUUCCUGUGUGGCAUCAGCGCAGGUGUGUGUAUCCUUCUUCAUCCCCAGUACCUCGGGGAAGUUUCCCCCAAAAAACUCCGUGGCUUUACUAAUUCAACCGCGUCUGUGUUUUGGUGUUUGGGGAAAGUCCUUGGUCAAGUUAUGGGACAAAGGGAGCUUUUGGGAAGUGAGACCCUCUGGCCAUUGCUGCUGGCCUUCAGUGGCAUGACAGCCUUGGUCCCAUUGCUCACUCUGCCAUUCUUCCCUGAGUCACCACCUCACUUGCUCUUGCACAAAGGAGAUGAAGAAGGAUGUGUGAAAGCAAUGAAGACCUUUUGGGGGGAAGGGUCUCACCAGGCAGAGCUGGAUGACUUGCAGGAGGAGCGUGUGGCCCUGAAGAGCACCCAGAGCAAGAGUGUCCUUGAGCUGGUGAAGGAGCCUUCCCUGCGCUGGCAGCUGUACAUGCUGCUUGUCCUUGUGGUGACCACACAGCUGAGCGGCAUCCAGGCAAUUUACUCCUACACCUUUGAAGUGCUCCAGACAGCUGGGUUUCAUCUUGAAUCCAUCCCCUACUUGGCUCUUGGAGUGAGCCUCUUUGGACCCUCUGCAAGCCCCAGGCCUGUGGUGGAUUUUGAAACCAUGGCCAGUUCUGAUAGCUUCAUCAUCGAACGAUACGGAAGAAAGGUGUUGCUCUGGGCAGGCUAUGCUUUAAUGGGCACUGUGCUGGCUGUUAUCACCUUGGCCCUCUCCCUGCAGCCCUGGUUCUCCUGGAUGCCCUACUGUAUCCUAUCUUUGAUCUUCUGUUUUGUGUUCUUCUUUGGAAUGGGCCCAGCGGGUGCCACAGCCUCUGUUCGGGUGGAAAUCUUCGAUCAGUCAUCCAGAGCAUCUGCCUUUGUGAUUGGUGGUGUCCUGAAUUGGGCUGGAUUCUUUGUGCUCGGAAUGGUGUUUCCAUUGAUUGUGGAAAACUUCCGUCAUUUCAGCUUCCUCAUCUUCAUGGGGGCCCUUUACACGUCAGGAUUUCUUAUUUACUUCUUCCUGCCCGAGACGAAGAAAAAAUCCAUCCUCGAAAUCCGAGAAGAGUUUGAUAAACUUAAUUUUAAGAAGAAACAAAUCCCUGUCUUAGAAACCAAGCUGACCGAAGACCAUGAAUUCUGUACUAAGUUAUGACAAAGCUGGACUCUUGCAGAAGCCCUGCGUGAUCCAACUGAGCUGCACUGCAGCUUUGUGGGGGUCCCUCUAGAUGGCGGCCUGGAAGAAGGUGCCGCAGUUGCUUCUCCAUCCCUGAUGCACAGCAGCAGGCGUCUGAAAAGCAGGUCCAGUCACCAAAUGGUGCUUCUUUUGUCCUGACGGGGAAAAAAAGACACUAAAUCCAUUCGGAAAUAAAACAUCGUUGUAUUCUUAAAGGGAUAAUAUUGUACUUUUUGAUAAACCAUAUAGGGCCUAGCUGGCUCUGCUAGGACUGCGGCCUGUCUUUACACGAGGAGGAAGAGACUCUGCUUCCAGAGUCCCCUGGCACCUGAUGCCAGGCUGACUUUCACCUCUACCCGCAUCAUCUGAAUCUUGGAGGGGCCUGGAAUUUGCCCUCUGGUCCAGCUACAGAAGGACAGGAAGGCACAGCCACCACCAUCCGGAUAGAGUAGUUUAUCAUCUUCUUUGCCACGGGUGUAUUUAAUCCCACUUUUAAGGCUAUCUUCUGAGGAAAUGAAUUCUAUGCUGUGUGGGAAAGUCAUUCUAACUGUCCUUCAGAUUUGCUGAUUCCAGUGUUAGAAAAAGGAGAAGACCUUCUCCUUCUGCAUUUUUACCCCAAUUCCUCAACGCCGGCCAUUUUAUUGUCCAGCCACAGUUCACAGAGGUCCUCCUGGAGUUCUUUGUACUUCCUUUUUGUUUUUAACCCAUAUGGAUAACUUGAUAUGAUCAACCAUUGUGGCGACCUCACUGCUCCCUUUUAACUCCAGAUUUAUUACCCCAGUCCCACUCCUUCAUUGCAAGAGCUGGCCAUAUAUUUCCACUCUUCUUUAAUCUGCUAUUAUACUUGCCUCACAACUCUGGGAAUUCAUAGAUGAAGCUGAUUACUUAGAUCCAUUCAGCCUUGUUCUAUGCCGUACGUUUGCAAGAAAGUGCAUUGCUAAGUCUUUUACUUAAGCAGGGGGAAGGGCUAUUAAAUUCCACUAAAUUUCCUGGUGACUGUCCUUCUUGUCAGCUUCCUGUUCUAGACCCUCAUGGACUGGUGUAACAGGGGCAUUUAGGCUAUAACUCAACAGUGAAUGAGGUCAUCAAAGCAGCAGACAUGACAGAAUAACAACAGAAGAACGACGUGGCAACACUGAAGCACAAAAUAGUUUAAAAGCUAAUAAAAAAGAAAACUUAAAACCCAAAACUCUGGAUUACCCUUCCUGGAAUUUCAGCUUGGUAUUUUAAACUAUGGCAGACAACAGACCAGAUCUCUCAGCCCUGUCAUCUCAACCGAUACGGCCCAAAGGUGUGGGCCAUUCUUCUCGGGCAACAUAAAGUAUCUCUGAGAGACGGAGUUGGAAGCCCCUGUGUCUUCCUCAGAGCAUUUCUCCAGCACUGAUUUCCCACAGACCAAGCAGAGCUCUUUCCAUGCCAAGCCUAAAACCAUUUGAAAAGAUCCAAGUUAAUCACAUUCAUCCAAGAAUCCCAGAAGGUAACACCAAACUCCUAAACACGCUAUGGAGAAAGGUGAGUUCAACCUCAGAUGAUAAAUCUAAGCUGGAAGUUUUUCCCAGAAUAGCCACACUCUGGAAUCACACUCAGUGUGUCCUUGGGGUCUGGGGCCAAUGAGUGGCAUCUUCUGCUGUCAGGAAGUGCCAAGGUGGCCCUUGCCUUUUCCUGCCAGUGGGAUGUGUUUCUCCUUUCCUUUUUAAAAUUUUUGCUUUUAAACACCUAAACCUGUGGCUGCAGGGAUCUCAGAAAUGAACGGGGCAUGGCAAGAAGAUCUGUUCACACCCUGACAGGGAUGAACCCAGAUCUUCUCCAAUUUGGGGGUGGGGACUGACCAUCAAGCUGUGAAAAUCCUUUCCCAGUUUAAACAGGAGAAGCAACCAAAAGGGUGCUUGCAGGGUUCUGCCUGGCUGCUGAGGGCCCCAUCCUGCAUGUUGCAUGGGGCUCUGGCCAGAUGUUAAGACGCCAAAAAAUGUCCCAGGCCUUCAGACCUUUUCUCAUGGCUCUCCACCCAUUGUUGACUCAACAGAGACCACCCCAGGUUGGUGGUGCAUAGCCAGCCUCAAUAGCAUUGGUUCAAGUCAUGGCCAAAUAAUGCCAUCCUGAUUCUGGGUAAGAAGCACGUGGUGCAAAAAAGCAAAGUCCACCAGCUUUACCACCUUCCCUGUUCAGCACAUUACCUGCCAGUGGGAAUGUGGGGUUGCAGCAGAAAUAAACACAUCAGACUGGCACCUUAUACAUUUAUUUAUUGGGUUAAUCAAUUUAGUAGUAGUAGCAGUAGUAGUAGUCGUACUAGUAGUCUUUCCUGAUUUGCCAUCUCUGGACAGCAUACAACAGAAUAAGAACAAUUGAUAGAAAUAAACUGAGGUGGUUUUCUGCACCCAGGAGCCCACAUGCAAGCAUGCCAGUUUAAAAUGAGCUGCCCACUUUUCUGACUCCCUUUCUGCUUUGGCAGCAAGCUCUGCCCCAAGAGAGGCACCUCAUCUGUAGCCAGUUUUGAGGAAUGGAAGACCCGCAGACUCAUUGUCCCAUUAUGGUAAAAAUAUACUCCCCAUCCCAUGGUUUAGGCCAAUCUGCAGAGGAGCAACUUCACCACAGGAGAUGCACCACUCCACUUGUCUUCUCUGGGGAGGAAGCAGCUGCUCCUGGUAAAAAGGGUGGGAGGCUAAGCAGAUGUUUUCAGUAGGGAAACUGUUCGUCUUGACCUGCUUUCCCUCCCAGCUUCUCUUGCCAGGGAAUCAUGAGAAAGGGAAAGAACCAGGGAAACAGUUCCUUGGUGUGAGUUCGCUCACUCCUUGAGAUAAGAGAACUGAGAGAGAAGACCCAUUCUCUCCCAUUCUUCCUCCAGUAAAGCUUCACCCAGACACACACCAGGAUUAGGCAGCUCAUCUGUAGGUGAGGGAUGUUUUUGAAUGUGUCCAGUGGUCUACUGGAAGACCGCUGGAAACAUCUCAAAAUGUGCAGUGGUCUUCUGUCAAAAAAACAACCAGCCCUCAAGAUUGGGCAUUGCUGUGCCAGGUUUGCCAGGCCUGGGGGGCAGCUUUGCCAUGGGGACUGCUAGCUAAAGAGCCACUUCCUGACCCCCAACCCAUCUGCCCCCUUGCAGUUAACUAGUGUCAGCCU